GUUCGUGGUGCGCGGAUCGUGUGCUUAUCGGAGCCACGUGUUCGAAGUUCGUCAACCCACGUGCGUUCGCAGUCCGCACGAUCAAUUGCCAGCGAUCGAUUCGAUGGUUUUUACGCUCGAGAGAACUGAAGCUGUGUGUUGCGAUUGAUGAUAAAAGAAUAAAAUUGAUUGACUGAAAAACCCGACUGAAAAUUCCUCAAUUUUCAACGUUUUUCGUAUCGCGAAUCUUUGCCCAACUUUGAUCCAGUGUUUGACUGCUUGCGAGGAAAAUAAAAUCUGGAGGAAGCCGGAAACCGGUAUUUUUGACGAAAUUUUUACUCAACAGCUUCACCAUAUCUGGAUUUUCUUCUACCCCCGUUGAUCUACGUAAGAUCGUCAACCUGGAGCCCGCGUGUCAAAAACGUGCGCUCGAAACCGCUGUACAUUGUAGAAAAGCAAACAUCGAGGCAAACCUGAUUGGCUCAUUAGCACACACCGAAACUAUAGACUCGAAGAACGAAUAGAAUGCGCUCCCGCAUAUCAACUUAACGCGCUUGAAUUUCAUCGGUUUCCCUGCAUGCUGCAGACGGACCCGAACGGCUUCGAGUUUCUAUUCAUCGAACCCGUUCUACCUCGCAUAGCAAAACUGCUCCUACCGCUGCUGAUCAUUAUUGAAACGAUACUCAUUGACGGCCCGGCAAUUGAUCUUGUUAAUGGUAUUUGAACUCGCGGUACUCAACGGGAUCGACUACAAUGGAUAUAGAAUGGAAAAAACGCUGUUGCAUUCGCUGUUUCCCCGGUUUCCCGUAACGGGGGAUUCUCAACCUGAGCAAUCCGGCGGAAAUGUGAUGCCGACGGGAAAGAGGCAAAGGCGGAACUUACGGCGCAGCGCAAUAUGUUCCCUAGCGCCCAAAUUAAAAUGAGAUUGCUGUCGCCGAGCAGUUCGCCAGCAACGUCGCCGACGAUGUCGAACUCGUCGUCCCCGACACCACCGACACCAUCAGCACCGGCAGUUACUGCGGCUGCAGCCGCUGCAUACAAUGCCAAGAUGACGGGUAUACCGUGCGUCGCUGCAGCCUCGAGGUAUACCGCACCUGUUCACAUUGACGUCGGUGGCACGAUCUACACGUCUUCUCUCGAGACGCUCACCAAAUAUCCCGAAUCGAAACUUGCCAAACUAUUCAACGGCAACAUUCCAAUAAUGCUUGACUCGUUGAAGCAGCACUAUUUCAUCGACAGGGACGGUGGAAUGUUUCGACACAUAUUGAACUUCAUGAGAAAUUCUAGACUUCUUAUUCCUGAAAACUUCGCCGAUUUGGAUCUCCUCCUCGAAGAAGCCAGAUACUUUGACAUUGCACCAAUGUGUCGACAACUGGAGCAAAUGAAGAAAGACCGAAUAAAAAAUGGGACAACGACGAUACCGUGCGCGAGUCCAACACCGUGUCAAACUGGCCGAAGCGGUGGAGCUGCUCCUGGCUGCAAUCGUGAAACAGAUAACAAGCGUACGGAGAGUUACGAAUGCGUAGCUCUCCACGUGAGUCCUGAUCUCGGUGAGAGAGUGAUGCUUUCGGGUGGUCGAGCGUUGCUUGACGAAGUAUUCCCAGAAACUACGCAGGCAGUGAUAGACGCGCGUUCCGGUGUAGCUUGGCACCAGCAGGACACGCGUCACGUGAUACGUUUCCCACUAAACGGUUAUUGCAAGUUGAAUUCAGUGCAAGCGAUAACGAGGCUUUUGAACGCGGGUUUUCGGGUCGUGGCAAGCAACGGCGGUGGAGUCGAGGGCCAACAAUUUUCCGAAUAUCUUUUUGUCAGACAGGGAAUGAACACCUGACAGAACUCUUUCCCCUCCGAAUCGAUGAGUUGCGACGAACGAAUCCGUCGCGGCAAUCGUAACGAUUCACAAUAAAUCGACAAGAAGGAACGAAAACAAUCGCUUCGUUUUCGAAACUGUCAACAACAAGGCAGUCUAGAAAAGAACACAAAAAUCCCAAAAACAUCGAUCACAGAGCGAACGAACGAUCGCUGCAAAUUCCGACCAUCUUUUGCAGUCUCAUUUCCUUUCCAAAAUCGCGCAAUGAACAAGCAUGAAUUCGACAAAGAGUCAUUCGCUUUUAUUUCCUUCAAAUUCGUAAAGAAAACUGCUUGCUCUGGGAGGAGUUUGGCUAAUAAAAUCGACGAGAUGUAAAUAUCAGCACGAAGUCAAACGAUCGUUUUCGUAACUCACGAUAUAAUAAACACGGUCGUUGUCACAGGAAAAAAUACCCUGAAGAAAAUGACCGAGGGAAUUCGUAUCACUUUUCAAAAUCACUCUGAACGUCCAAGCUCUGGUCGCCCUCGAUAAACUCUUCCAAGAGAGAAAUUGGGGAAAUUAAUUGGUGAAAAAAAAAAAAACAGUCGGGGAGAGUGAGCUAGCUGGUCUUUUCUUGUUUAUAAAAUAUCCUCAAAGGUGUACCUAAAAUGUAUUUAUAUGCCACGCUCAUAACUGUAAAUAAUUAUUAUUAUGUAUUAUAUAUUUACUUGGAAAAGUAUCUAAAAUAUGAUUUUAACAAACGAAAUUAUUAAAACAAUGUGUUGAAACUAAACUGUGCGAAAAGAGAAAAUACAAAAGUUUGAGUUUUUUUCAGAA